AUGGGUAAAAAUUGGGGGAUUUUUGGUUCCUACGUUGCUCUCAAACUGUUCCUUCGGGUAGAAGUGUACUAUGUGGUCUGUGACGCGACGGUGACAAAGUUCACGAAAUACCCAGUGACGGUCACGUCGAGCUCUCGUGACGAUAUGGUGAAGGUCACUGGCAAAUGUGUGGCGAAUGCUGCUCCAGCUCAAAGUGAAGCGCCAACUGGAUUCUGCACGUCUACUGGUAGAUGGAAUCACCUGAUUGGUGAAUGUGGCUGUAAGCCGGGCUACACAAGUGACUCUUUCAAUGGAGAGGACAAGUGUGUUGGUGAGUUCCAGUUGGAAUAG